CAAUUACGUUUAAAUACGUUUCCGUGUUUUGAAUCUCCCAGCGAUCCCAAUUUUUGGGCACACCUUGGAAGUGCCUUCAAAAAAAAAUAUAUAUAUAUUUACAAGACAAGAGGAUCUUACGCUAUUGUCAUCUGAAAUGCAAUCUUUGAGAAACAUUUUUCGGAGGACAUGGUCCUCAGAUGCGCGACUCGAUGAUAAAACAGUUAUCAUCACUGGAGCCAAUACUGGCAUCGGCAAAGAGACAGCUCUGGAUCUGGCAAAGAGAGGAGCCAGAAUCAUCAUGGCUUGCAGAGAUAUGGAGAAAGCAGAGUCUGCACUGAAAGAAGUUGUAGAAGGCUCCGGCAAUAAAAACGUUGUUAUCCUAAAGCUUGAUUUGUCAGACACCAAGUCGAUCAAGGAGUUCGCAGAAGUCAUCAACAGGGAGGAAAGCAAACUGAACAUCCUUAUAAACAAUGCUGGAGUAAUGGUUUGUCCCUAUGGGAAAACAGCAGAUGGCUUUGAGAUGCAGAUCGGUGUCAACCACAUGGGUCACUUCCUCUUGACGUACUUACUGAUUGACCUGAUCAAGAGAUCAGCCCCAUCCAGGAUCAUCAACGUGUCUUCCAUGGCCCACAGCUUGGGCACCAUCAACCUAGACGACAUCAACAGUGAGAAGGGCUACAACAAGAACAAGGCCUACAGCCAGAGCAAACUGGCCAACAUCCUCUUCACUCACCUACUGGCCAAGAGGCUAGAAGGUACCGGUGUGACUGCCUACUCCCUCCACCCUGGAGUGGUCCAAACUGACCUGUGGCGACACCUCAACCCUGCACAGCAGGCUGUCAUGAAGAUGGUCAGCCCGUUCACCAAGAACUCAGUCCAGGGAGCUCAGACAACCAUCUACUGCGCUGUGGACCCUGGACUGGAGACCAAGAGUGGUGGAUAUUACAGUGACUGUGCACCUGCCACCUGCUCCAGGGCUGCCACAGACGACAGCGUGGCUCAGAAACUGUGGGAUCUCAGCUGUCAGAUGCUCUCCAUAUCCUGGGAUUGAUGUGUGUCGACGUCAUCCAACUGCUACCUUUUGAAAUAUGGUUCAAGUUUACACAAAAGGACUAAGUGGAGAUUCCACAUACAAUUAUAGCAUUUAUUCGUUUUUGAAUUCCAUCCUCA